AUGCUCAUAGAAUACACGCAUCGCAAAUAUCUCCACGCUGGACAUCAGACGGUUCAUUACCUUCUCGGUAACCAAUUUUGGAUUAUGUCCGCCAAACGCGCGAUAAGACGGGUGCUGUCUAAGUGUCUAAGAUGUUUCCGUACCCAACCGGUAUCCACUCAACCACGCAUGGGGGAUUUGCCUCCUUCUCGGUUUUCUCAAAUUGAACCCUUUCUACGAGUUGGGGUGGACUACGCCGGACCCUUUUCUAUUACCAUGGCCAAAACGCGCGGUGCUAAAACGCUAAAAGCGUAUUUAUGUCUAUUCAUAUGUUUUGCGACGAAAGCUCUACAUUUGGAGCUCGUCUCAGAUUUAACCGCCGACGCCUUCCUAGCGGCGUUACGACGCUUUCUUGCGCGGCGAGGGAGAUGCCAGCAUAUCUAUUCCGAUUGCGGUACUAAUUUUAUUAGUGCCCACAGACAAUUAGAUCAAUAUAUGCGCGAAGCUGUACAGUCGGAACAGAUUCAUUGGCAUUUCAAUCCGCCAUCAGCUCCACACUUUGGUGGUUUGUGGGAGGCCGGCGUCAAAUCGGUAAAGACCCACCUAGUCCGUGUCAUAGGCCACCAAAUCUUAACCUACGAAGAGCUCUUAACUUUAGUCUCUCAGGUCGAAGCAAUGCUGAAUUCCCGUCCGGUUCAUCCUGUAAGCAGCGACCCAAACGACUUGACCGCACUGACUCCCGGCCAUUUUCUUACGUUUGCCCCUUUAAUUGCACUCCCAGAACCGAACCUUGCAGACGUGCCGGUGAACCGCUUAACUCGCUGGCAGCUAGUUCAAAGCUUUGUCAAAUGUAUUUGGUCGCGAUGGAGUGCCGAAUAUCUCCAUAAUUUGCUUCAGCGGUCGAAAUGGUCUGCCGAGAGACCUAAUUCUAUCGCGGUCGGAUCCCUUGUCCUUAUUAAAAACGAGUUGAUACUCCCUCUGCAGUGGCGUCUAGCCCGAGUCCUACUUCUCCAUCCCGGACAAGAUGGCAUAGUUCGGGUUGUCACCUUAAAAACCGCCGGUGGCGCCCAGUGGCCAAACUUUGUCCACUUCCUGCAACUUUGCAUACUGCGCCCGCAACCCUCGCUACACUGGUGGCCGGUCUAUUGCGGUCCUUUUUCUUUUGGUGGCCGCUUGUGUAGCAACCAGUCGAGUGGACUGGACGCGUUUUCGAGUUGUCGCAGUCGUACCGGCGACGACAUAACCCGCCAUAUUAUUGUUCCCCCUAUCGCUGAUCCCGCUAUUAUUAUUCCCGCCAUUGUUGAACCCGCUAUUGUGGAACCGCUACAACCUGCAAAAGUGCAUGAUCCCUAUUACGCGCACCCCUUCCGAGUGCUUUCUCCAGGAGCACCCCAGCCAUCACCUCCAGGCCAAGAUCACUCAGGACGCACAGCUCGGUAA